UGUGGAAAGCAAAUACUUUGGGGCAUUGCGGGGGAGCGCAGUGCGAAGGUGUCUUUUGCGAAGGGCGGCUGGGAAACCAGGAUAGAGCUGAGAAGUAACCAUGUAAAUGACAAAGGGAACCGGGCUAGGACAGGGUAGGACGGAGAAGAGGAGCGACCGGCGUUCCUGCCGGGCAUUCUGUCUUUGAAAGACGGAAAACCUCGAGGUGGACGAGGCCGAGAGUGGAGGUGGAAGAGGCGCGCGCCGGCACCGAGUCCCCUGGGGCUGACCCCGUCCCCUGCUCUCCGGGGCGGGGAGUCCCCUGCCGGCCGCGGAGGCCACACCCAGCGCCCGCCGGCCCCGCGCUUUCCAGAGCUCAGCAGGAACUUGCUGCUUGAACCCGUCCGAGAAGGAACGAAUGAAUGACCCUUUGGGCAGGAUGGGGACUCCUGGGCCCCAGGGAGCUGCGAAUCCCACGGACUGGCCCCGCAGCCGGGGGCGCGCCGGCUCCUCUCCGCGCGAAGUGGGGCGCGGGGCUCCCCGGGCCCAGGGCGGCGGCCACGGGGACCGGGCGGCAGGUCGCACCCCCGGACCGCGAGCCAGAGAGAAUUUGGACCGUGACUCCUGGGUCAGAGAGAAAGUGCUCUUUCUUCUGCACCCAGAGAGGUGGUUGGGGACUCAAGGGGACCCUGCACGGGACGGGGUGGCCGGCGGGGAGGACCUUCUUCCAGCGAGCGGAAACCAUCACGACCAGGGACCCAACUGCCCUUCUGCUGGUUUUCAGCGAGAAAAGCGAAUUCCUGGCGGGCAAGCGGCCGCUCCCCGCACAGCCCCGCCGCGGGUCCCCGCAGCCCCCGCCGCUAAACCAGUGCUCGUGCGGGUCGUGGAUUAUCAGGUGACGCAAGAAGUGCUGCAGACCGCGUGGACGAAGGGGCGCGUGACCAGGAGGACCGAGGAACAUUCCAUGACCGCGGUCACUUUUCGCGCCGGUAGAGAGUGAGGCAGGCUGUGUGGCAGCGGGACCCCUGCCCAACCCCGGGCCCUCCAGGCACCGAGAGGGGCGCCCGCGUCCGCCCUCGCAGAGGAGUUUCGCCGUCUCCGGCGACACGAUGCCCGAAGGCGCUUAAACUCGAAAGAGGAGCGCGAGGAACGUUCGGGUCCAGUGGAUGAGCGAUAAUCCUUAAAAGAAAAUGCCAUCACGGGAACCCCAGCCUGCAAUUAGCCGACAGAAGGGACCUUUUAAGACGCUGGCGCGGCGCUUCGGGGAAGCAGAUGACACCCAGGACAGCUUGAAGAACUUCUUUAGUAGCUGGCCUAGUUGGAGCUCUUUGAGAAGCAAUGCAGCCCUCCAGAGGUGAACUGCUUGACCUUACCACUAUUGAAGGAGUAUUUGGUUCCUUCAAGAAUUAACAAAACAAGUGGGACUCUGGCUUUUGAUGAGUAAAGGGUUGAAGAGUGCCUCCUAUCCUUGUCCUUCUCCUUUGCCCUUAUUUUUAUUUUAGAGGUUGAACUGUCCUCAAAAGAUCAUCUGAUCCACCUCCUGGCAGGCCAGAUAGGUUUUCCUGAACCAAGCAGAACCCUGUCCUUUGAGGAGCCUGAGGAAUCUUUUCUCAUUCACAAGUGUCUUGGGAGUGCAUCCAAAGUGAAACUCUGAAAAUCUCUGAGAGUGGCUGGGUCUUAGCUCUUUGAUCUUACCUCCACCUCACCGAAAAAAUAUGAUCAUUUAAAAUUGUGUUAGAUGGAUGAAUCACAUCAAAAACUUCCAGAAGCCACCUGGCCGCUCAAGUGACCCAGUGACCAUAAGACAUGUAAGUGUCACGUGACCACCAUGGAUCAGGCAAGUGUCCCCAUCUCUUAAAACCCUUUGUCCACAACCAUAAUCACCUUUGAAAUUCAUUACAUUUGACUUGCUGCUUUUAUUCUUGGACACUACCAGCACUUGGAGAUUAAACUUGAUGUGGCUCUUUGCUUUAAAAAAAAAACAAAAGAAGAAGAAGAAAGGAAGAAAAAGCUUUUGUUAAAAGAAUAAGUUAUACUCACUGCAGAAAAAUUUGGGAUUUUUGGGAGGCAAAAGAAAAGUAGAAUAAAGGAAACAAAAACUUGCCCACUACCAAAAAUCUCUCUUAAUGUUUGGUUAUGUUUCAAGUCUGGUUUUAUUUUAUUCUAUUUUUGUGUCUCUCUAUAAAAAUAUAUACAUAUACUUUUCUAAUCAUAAACUAUAUUAAAUAGUGUAACCUCUGUAUAUUUUCUUGGUAUUGUGUUUAUAUUAACUAAGCUCUGCUCAGUGUGUGGUUUAUGAACCCAGCAACAUGUGUAUCUUCAAGAAAGUUUUUAGAAAUGA